AUGAAGCUCUCUAAUCAAUCCGAGGUUCCAGUGUAUACCAUUUCGGGGUCAAAUACUGCUCGACCCCUUCCAGAGUGGCUUGCGAGACGGCGAAAGCGCAGUUUGAAAAAUGAUCCGGAGUACGCAAAUCGCAUAGAAUUGCUUCAGGAUUUCGAAUUCGAAGAAGCUAGUCACUGUAUACGCGUUAGUGAGGAUGGCGAUUGGGUCAUGAGCACAGGAACAUACAAGCCUCAGAUACAUACUCACUAUCUUCCGCAACUAUCUCUUUCUUGGGCGCGGCAUACAGAUGCACUUAACACAACUUUUCUGCUCCUGUCGUCCGACUACUCUAAAUCCCUCCAUUUACAGUCCGAUCGUUCUCUCGAGUUCCACACGCCCUCGGGCUGCCAUUACAGGACAAGGCUCCCUAGAUAUGGUCGCGAUCUGGUCUACGACAGGCUGUCUACCGAAGCUUUGGUGCCUGCGGUUGGUGUGAACCAAGAUGGUAUGGGAGAAGUCUUCAGGCUCAAUCUGGAGUUGGGUCGGUACAUGCGAAGCUUCGAGGUAGAUGUUGGCGGCGAUGACUUCACAUCCGCUGGUGGUGGUGCACUUCAGGGUGGUAUUAAUACUGGAGCUGUGAAUACAGGCGCCAUCGCCGAGGAAAGUCAUAACCUUCUUGCGUUUGGUACUACUCUCGGAACGGUGGAACUCUGGGAUCCAAGAGCUAAAGGCAGGGCCGGAAUCUUGUUGCCCCCAACACAAUCUGGCCCCGAUGACGCGAGGGCUGGAAUUACGGCACUAGAGUUCCAUCGUUCGGGAUUGACAUUUGCGACCGGCUCAUCGAACGGUCUCAUUCACCUAUACGAUCUUCGGUCGCCCGUGCCUUUGCUCAAGAAAGAUCAAGGAUAUGGAUUCCCAGUGCACACACUAAAGUUCCUUCUACCCUCAACGUCCACGCGCGAACAAACGAUGGAACCUAAGAUACUCUCUUCCGAUAAGAAGAUUAUCAAGAUUUGGGAUCCACGGGAUGGCAAGCCUUGGACAUCGGUCGAGCCUGCCGUCGAUAUUAACUCAGUUGCUUGGUGCAAGGACAGUGGCAUGCUUUUGACCGCCAAUGAAGGCCGUCAGCAACACUCCUUCUUCAUCCCUCAACUUGGGCCUGCUCCGAAGUGGUGCUCAUUCUUGGAUAACUUGGUCGAGGAGAUGGCAGAAGAUCCCAAUGAUCCUAAUGCUUUCAGCACCGGCCAGGCGGGCACAGUCUACGAUAACUACAAGUUCUUGACCGUUCCUCAACUGAAGACCUUGAACCUGGAUCACUUGAUCGGCCGAACCAAUCUCUUGCGGCCUUAUAUGCACGGUUACUUCGUUGCUCAGCGGCUGUAUGAGGAGGCUCGCUUGAUAACGAACCCAUACAUUUGGGAGGAAGAGCGCGCUAAGCGAGUCAAGGAGAAGAUCGACAAGGAGAGAGAGAGUAGAAUUAGAGGCAAGAAGAAGGCUGCCGUCAAGGUUAACAAGAGACUGGCCGAGAAGCUCAUGGCCAUCGAGGAGAAGAACGAGCGUCGCCGCGCCCAGCGCGUCCUCAAGCAAGGUGGAGACGAGGAUAUGGUAGAUGCUCCCGCAACAUCGGAGAAGCCAGCCGAUGGUCUACUGGGCGACAACCGUUUCGCCAAGAUGUUCGAGGAUGAAGAAUUCGCCGUCGACGAGACCUCGCGAGAAUUCCAGCUUAUCAACCCCAGCACCGCACCCGAGACCACCGAACGCAAGGAACGUGGCCUCACCGCCGUCGAACAGGAGGCGAUCGACGACGUCCCCGGUUCUAGCUCGGACGAGACCUCCGAUUCCGAAAGCGAACAGGAGAGACCUAUGCGGGCAAAGCCCUUGUCCUCAGGGAAGAUCUCCACAUCCUCCUACAAGCGCACCAACAGACCCCCGCCUCAGAUGCGCGUCUCCUCCUCAACAACAAGCCAUUCCACUCGCGACCGUUCCUUCGCUUCCAGAGCCCAGAAUAUGCGCACAAAGGCCAAACCCUCACGCCGCGACGGCGCCGUCGGCGAACGCGAAGUCACCUUUACACCCCACGUCAAGUCCAAACAGAACAGAGCACCUGCCCAACCCACAGUCAGCAGCGAUUACAAGAGCAAGGAGCGCCGAAGCGCGUCGGGCAACACUUUCCGACGCAUGUAA